CUCGUAGGCAACAAGCAUUGUUGUCUGGGAAGAUAGGAGCUCUGUUUUGGUAGCUAGUCGUGACCGCUGUGUCUUCCACCGUUUCUACUCAGCUUAUUAUCUCCUUCAUGCCCCAUCUCUCCAACACUCCACUGAAUUAUCGACAAGAUUGAAAAGCUGUCUCUGUCCAUUGUACCAGUUCCAGUCUUUCCCAGUUCUUGCAACGGAACGGUCAGGCUGACAUGAGUGGCGACAUAUUUUGCGAAAUCAGCCCUGAAAGCGGAUGCAUCAUGCAGCCUCGUCGAUGAGAACUUAAGGUGCUGUUGGCUGAGUUCCGCGAGCUGCCAUGGCCCAGCCGCAGCCACAAUGUGACACUUCGCCCGAUCCCAGGAGCGCGCUUUCUCACUCUUCUUCUCACUUGGUCCAGCCUUGAUGAGCUAUUUGAAAAUCCAACGGCUACCUCGCAACCAGCAUGGCAGAGGUUGCAAUAGGUAUCGUAUCCCUUGGGAUCCAGGUGUGUCAAGGUCUUCUAAAAUAUUACGGCUCUUGGAAAGAUGGCCCCAAAGACGCGGCUACUAUGUGUUCUUUCGUCGAGAGUCUAUCGGAAACUUUAGUCCAGUUGGAGCAAACUUUAGCCAGAACUCCUGAAAUCAGUGCAACGGUCAUUAGUUGUAUUGAAGCGUGCAGAUCAAGCAUCGAGAAAUUAGACAAGAAAUUGUCAAAAGUCCAGUCAGUAUCGGACCCGGGAAAGAUGAAAAGCAGAAUCCAUGACCAAGGACGACGGUUGCUCUAUCCUUUUAGAGAAAGUACGCUGGCCAAGCUGAAGGAAAUUGUAACGGACAUUCGCUCGAACCUGGCUCUUGCUGUCGAUACUACCCAGCUCCAAACUUCUCUGAACAUUUCCGGCCAGGUCCGUGACUUGGCAGCUUUCAUCAAAGAUCGUGAUCGAGAUCUCGAAAGUCGAGAGAUAAUCAAUUGGCUGUCACCUCUAAGGUUCUAUGAAUGCCAGGUGGACACACUCAGUCAGCAAGAAGAUGGGACUGGAGAAUGGAUCUUCGCAUCGCCCGAAUUCCAGAAAUGGGUAUCUGGAUCAAGGAAGACUUUGUGGUGUUGGGGACAACCUGGUGCUGGCAAAACAGUCCUGGCAUCCUCGAUCAUAAACCGAUUGGAAAGCCAACUUCUUUCCUCCACCGAUGCUUUGGCGUACAUAUACUGCAGUUACAAAGACCGUUCCAGUCAGACACUGGUCGCUCUAGUUUCCAGUCUAGUCCAGCAAAUUACCCGGAGUUGUACUUCUAUACCCGAAUCUGUGCGAUCUCUCUAUCAGCAACAUCAAUCCCGAAAUACGAGACCAGCAGUGUCCGAAUAUUCCAACCUUCUUCGUGAUCUAAUCACCAUAUUUCCGCGCACCUAUUUAGUUAUUGAUGCACUAGACGAAUGCCAGGAAACCAAUGAAGCUAGGAGCAAAUUCAUAAAAUUGCUUCUAGACUUGCCCACCAACGUACACCUUCUAUGUACCUCACGAAAACUUGGAGAUAUUACGGAGUCGUUCGCUUCAGCAUCGUCUCUAGAGAUCACGGGAAACAAUAGCGAUAUCGAACUGUUCUUAACAGGUCAGAUUUCAGGUAACAGAAGGUUACGCUCUUUCUGUGAAAUAUCCCCAGAUCUGAAGCGUACAGUCCUUGGAAAGAUUGUUAGCAAUGCAACAGGAAUGUUCUUGCUGGCGAAACUCCAUAUCCAAUCACUGAAGACAAAAACGAGCUCACGGCAGGUCAGAAAGGCCCUUGAAAGACUUCCUGCCAAGCUUAGCACUGUUUAUCAUGACGCCAUCCAGAGAAUAAGAGGGCAGCAUGAAGAGGAAGCACAACUUGCUAUGAGACUGCUAGCUUGGAUCACCCAUUCUUACAGACCUCUGAAAAUCGAAGAGCUUCAACAAGCUAUGGCUGUGAUGGACUUCGAACCCGACGACAAGUCUAUCAGCGAAGAGGACCUCCCUACGGAAUCCAUGAUGAUCACCGUCUGUGGAGGGCUAGCCGUAGUUGACCCAAGGAGUCGAAUCGUGCGUUUAGUCCACUACACAACAGAAGAGUACUUCGACACGUAUCGCGAAGAAUUGUUCCCUGACGCUCGCGUGGAAAUUGCGCGAUCAUGCGUUCGUUAUCUCUCAAUGGAUACCUUCUCUCAAGGAGUAUGUCGGAGGUAUGAAGAUAUGAAGCGGCAAAGGGAAAAAUACAAACUGUUGAAAUAUGCGUCGAUAAACUGGGGGAAACAUGCGUCAGGUUAUGUGGAGGUCAAAAUCAAAGACGAAAUUCUGGCUCUUCUGAAAGAUGCCGCCCUGUUGUCAACGCUGAAUCAUACCAUCUACAAUUCUAAAGAUGAUAUUGCCGGAUUAGGACUUUUAACUGCAGCUCGCUAUGACCUUGUUGCGAUAGUCGAUGCACUGCUGACAUCUGGAAUCAACAUCAAUACGCGAGGAAAACGUGGACAAACCGCUGUUCACGAAGCCAGCUCAAAUGGUCAUGAGCAGAUGGUCCAACUUCUGCUCGAGAAAGGGGCGAACUUACAUCUAAUGGACGACAAUGGGAGCACACCACUGAUCACAGCCGCCAGUAGCGGCCAUGGGAGCAUUAUUCACCUGCUUUUGAACCUAGAACUUGAGUCCUAUUCUGGCUGGCCAUCGCCAAGGAAGGAUGUUUACGUGGUGGAUCAUGACCAUGAGACAGCUUUACACAAAGCAGUACACCAAGGGUCCGAGCCAAUUGCCUCAUUGCUUCUGGAUAAUGGGGCUUAUAUACAUGGUAGAAAUAUCAGAGGGGAGACACCACUCUUUCUCGCCGUCGAAAAUGGAAGUCUUGGUAUUGUAAAGUUGCUCCUGGAGAAGGGAUCUGCGGUCGAUACAAGGGAUUCUGCGAAGAGAACGCCUCUUCGAAACGCUGUUCUGUACGGAGACGAAGCGCUCACACAAGUCUUGUGCGACUACGGUGCAGAUAUUUCAGCCGAGGCAGAGGACGGGCUAUCACCCCUUCAUGUUGCCCUCAAAGGAGGGCAGUGGCGAGUUAUCAAGCUACUACUGACUGCCGAAUCGAACUUUCCCUUGAAUAUCCCUACUGCUCUUCACAUGGCUGCUAAAUCUGGGUAUUUGGAGGGAGCAAAAGCACUGCUUGAUAAUGGGGCGGACAUAGCCUCUCGUGAUAUCGAGGGAGGCACAAUUCUGUUCUGCGCGGCAAAGUCUGAUCAUCUGGAAUUGAUGGAACUUUUUGUUGCAUACAACGGAGAUCUUGAAGCAAAGGAUGGGAUGGGAAGGACAGCGCUGUAUAUAGCUGCACGGCAAGACUGGCCAGGCAUUCAAUCGCUCAUUUCAGUUGGAGCAACAACUGAUACUCAGGAUAUCACAGGCAACAGUCCGCUUUCCGAAGCAAUUCUUGGAAGUCGACAUCAAUCAAUUAUCGAGUCAUUGUUGCAGCAUCGAAAUCCAAGGAUACUAAACCAUAGUGAAAUGGCUUCUCUGCAUCAAUAUGUAGACCGAGCUUCAGGUUGGGUGCAUCCAAUUUUCAAAUCCUUGAUAGAAAAUGAUGUGCAGAUCAACGAUACAGAGCUCUUCACGAAAGCCUUUCUUCAGACAGUGAGGCAAUCCCUUCCACAUGGCGUGGCGUUCUUCUUGGAAGUUGGUGUACCUGACAUUGAGGCCAGGGACAGAGAAGGAAAGACAGCGCUCCAGAUUGCAGCGAGUUGGAACAGUGCGGAAAAUCAGGAGAUCAUCAAAUCAUUGAUCGAAAACGGCGCCGAUAUCGAAGCAGUUGAUGUUCAGAGUCGGACCUUCAAGUUCAGUGAGACAUGUCUCCAUAUCAAACCUGAGUGCGGGACAGACAUACCCAUCAGAACUGUGUUGAAGGAACAGCAUAUCAAAUCGCUCAGGACAAGAGCAUCAUCCGGACUCACCACUCCAAAUCCUCAGUCGAUAUCUGUCAUCGAGGAAACUGAGCAUAGAGGCAGAAACAUCACGACUCUCCCAUCAACACAUCUGAGUUUUGCCAGGCAAUUGGGAUUGGAUUUUUGAUGUAUGUGGAGUUUACAUUCAGUAUCAAAGGGCAACUACCCCCGGACUGGUUUGUUGCAUGUGGCAUUUGCAAGGCGAGGAAUAGCUUUCAGUCACCAAGAUAUAUAUCUAACACAAGAGAUAUCGCUGUCUUGGACUUCAUACCAAGCGGGCUGGGUUGGUGUCGUCUCGUCCUUCCCGCCGAAGUGGGUACUCUAAGCGGGACCCACUAACCUUGAGUUGACGUCUAACCUCCCUCAAGAAAUACUGAAAUGUCAAACAGUGCCUUAAAUUUUUGGCUGUAUAUGAUAUGUUUCAAGUUUUGGUUUCCUUCGGGUUAUGUAGACGCAGAUGUAUGUCGAGGAGAAGCUUGAGUGCGAUCCCGAGAUGACUUCCCAUGCCCAUUACUUGAGACAAUGAUUAUCGCAGGCAAUAAGCCAGAACUAACACAA